GCUUGGGCGUUUAGUCAACGCGACAACUUCAAGAUGAGCAAACGGAUUAGCGAUAAACUGAAGCCGGCAACAAGCUAUACAAGCUGCUCCUUGCACGAAGGCGUGCUGCUGCGCCUCGAUGAGCACAACACAAUGGAGCCCAAGACACUGGCUGAGUUCUUUCAUGAAGCUUGCGAGCGACACGCGGAGCGACCUGCCUUGGUGUGGGAGACGCCGGGCGCGGGAGAGAAUGGCUGGACGACGUUGAACUACAAGCAGUAUGCGGAGCAUGUGGAGCGCACAGCGUUGAUGCUGCUACAGUUGGGGCUGGAGGAGCGCAGUUCGCUGGGAAUUUUGGCCUUCAAUUGCCCGGAGUGGUGUUUUGCUGAGUUGGGUGCGGUGCGAGCGGGCGCCAUUAUAGCUGGCAUUUAUCCCAGCAACUCUGCUGAGGCAGUGCAUCAUGUGCUGGCCAGCAGCGAUGCCACAGUUUGUAUUGUGGACGAUGCCAAGCAAAUGGCCAAGCUGCGGGCCAUUAAGUCGCGCCUGCCACGCCUUAAGGCGGUGGUGCAGCUGCAUGCGCCCUACGAAUCAUUUGUGGAUCAGGAGCCAGGCUACCACAGUUGGCAGCAGUUGCAGUCACAACUAAACGACAAUGAGGAGCAACUGCAGUUGCAGCUGCAGCAACGUGAGCGCAACAUUUGCGCCAAUGAGUGCGUCAUGCUUGUCUUCACCUCCGGCACCACGGGCAUGCCCAAGGGCGUGAUGCUUUCCCAUGAUAACAUGUACUUCGGCACCAAGUCUGUCUCCGCCACCAUGGGCAACAUUGUUCCAGGCGCCGAGCGCCUGGUUACCUAUCUGCCUUUGAGUCAUGUGGCUGCCCAAGUAUUUGAUAUCUUCCUCUGCAUUGAGAAUGGCAGCUGCUGCUACUUUGCGGACAAGGAUGCGUUGAAGGGUACGCUGGUGCGCAGUUUUCAAAAGGCGCGACCCACGCGCAUGUUUGGGGUACCGCGCGUCUUUGAAAAAUUCCAGGAGCGCCUAGCAGCCGCCGAGGCCAAGUCAAAGCCACUCUCCCGACUGCUGCUACGAAAGGCGCGCGAGACGGUCGCUCAGCAUAAUUUGUCAACAUAUGCAGGCGAGCAAAGCUCCUACUAUACCAGCGCCAAAUACUGGUUGGCCUCGCGUUUAAUUCGUCCCAUACACACGAUGUUAGGCCUCGAUCAAUGCCAGACUUUCUUUAGCGGAGGUGCACCCGUAACCGAAGAACUGAAGCAUUUUUUCCUGAGCAUCGAUAUGCCUGUUUCUGAUAUUUAUGGAAUGUCCGAGAGUGGUGGCGCCAUUGCAUAUAAUGUGCAUAUAACCAAUCUUUUUAGCUCCGGACCACCGCUAAAGGGCGUGGAAGUUAAAAUACUGCAACCCGAUAGCGAAGGUCAGGGUGAGAUUGUGGCUCGCUCGCGUGGAAAUUUCAUGGGCUAUCUUAACGAGCCAGAAAAAACGGCGGACAACAUUGAUGCGGAUGGCUGGCUGCAUACAGGGGAUCUGGGUUAUUUGGAUCCUCUUGGCAACUUAGUUGUUACUGGCAGACUGAAGGAGCUCAUCAUAACAGCUGGGGGUGAAAAUAUACCACCCGUGCAUAUAGAAGAGCUUAUACGGAAGGAACUUCCCUGCGUGGCGAAUGCUUUGCUAGUGGGCGAUCGACGAAAAUAUCUCACUAUUCUGCUGACGCUGAAAACUAAAACGGACGCCGAGACUGGCCUGCCCCUGGAUGAGCUAAGUGUCGAAACUAUCGAGUGGCUACAGAACUUAGGUCUGCAGCAAACAAAUCUUUCCGAGCUGCUGGGCAUACGCGCCGAUCUGCAACUGCCCAACGAUGCGGCUGAUGUGGCUGCUGCUUUGGAAAUCAAUGCUGAGCCGAAGCUUAUCGAAGCUCUGGAGGCGGGCAUAAAGCGUGCUAAUCUUAAUGCUAUCUCUAAUGCUCAGUGUGUGCAAAAGUUUGCUUUCUUGCCACACGAAUUCUCACAGGCCACUGGGGAAUUUGGACCCACGCUGAAGGUCAAACGCUCGGUGGUGCACGCAAAGUACGCCCAAGUGAUCGAGCGGCUCUAUAAGUGAUUUUAUUAGUUGCAAGCUCAGCGUAAUUUUGUUGAUUUAGCUCUUAAUGUUUUUUUAUUAUUACAGUUUGACUUAGACUUAACUCAGAUUUUUAAUAAACCAAAGUUCUAUAA